CACGGGCUGAUCCCGACAUCGACGACAAACUGCUCGUCGUAUUCAUUAUUUUGAAAGGUUUGACCGGAACAGCCUUCUUGACCGUGGUUAACCCGGUGCGGGUCUGACGUGAGUGCGUCGUUUGUGGAGUGUUUGGCUAACCCUCACUCGGGGCACAGAGUGUAACUCUGCCGGUGGAGGGGGCUUUUUCUACCGUCAGGCUAGCCGAGAGCCGUCGGAGCGGAGGCACACCGGGGAAAGACGACGAGACGGGUCCAGGUGCUGUUUACCGUCCAACAAACCCGGGAUCGUUUGUGUUGCAUUGGCGCUUUCCUGGUGUUUCCUGUGGUAAACGCGUGUGCUCUGAUGUUUCACGGACUGCAGUCGAACCGCUUCAGAUGGGGGCUGGCAGCAAAUCCCGUUCACCAUUUUGCAACUAAGUGAGUCCCUUUGCAUGGAGGAGAAUCCAGUAGUGGAAACAGAUGUGCGCAUUCAUUGGAGAACCAGGCGAGCUCAAUCCAGCUGUGAAAUGGAGGAUUAAAAGGCAAAGCACUUAGACUCGUCGCUGUGAUCUGAUGAUGGGACAGGGUGCUGCUGGGAGUGACUGCAGCCCUGGAGGCUGAUGAAUCUGCUCCAUCAGCCAGUCAGGAUGCACAUAGCUUCAGUCGGGGUCAGCAAGUUCUGCUUCCUGUUUUCUCUCGCGUUCUGCGGCCUCCUGCUCCUGCUCAUUCCAGCUCUCCGGCCCCCUGCACGCCAGGUGGAGCUGCCUAAGCCCCGACCCCAGGUCAGACCUGCCCAGGUGGGGACGUCACACCAAGUCAGGGUUCCAGCAGGUUUUUUACAUGUUGGGGACAAAGAAAUAACGGCAGGUCUUAACAGGAGCUCAGAGGGGCUGGGGAAACCCAUCAAAACUGAAAUUAGCAUUAACAGCAGUCCUAAAACAGGAAAGGGUGUCAGAAGAAUCCCUGAGAGAGGCGUUGGUGGACCUCGAGAGUAUAAGUCACGUGACAAGUUGGAGCUGAAGGACAUUUUUGUUGCAGUAAAGACAACCAGGAAGUAUCACAAGUCCAGACUGGAGCUGCUCAUUCAGACCUGGGUGUCUCAAGCUAAAGAACAGACUUUCAUUUUCACUGAUGGUGAUGACAAGGAGCUGCAAAUGAGGACUGGAGCUAACAUCAUCAACACUAACUGCUCAGCAGCUCACACCCGACAGGCUCUGUGCUGCAAGAUGUCUGUAGAGUACGAUAAAUUCAUCGAGUCUCAGAGGAAGUGGUUCUGCCACGUGGAUGAUGACAACUACGUGAUCCUGCCCAGCCUGCUGCAGCUGCUCUCGUCUUACCACCACAGCCAGGACGUCUACCUGGGCCGGCCCAGUCUGGAUCACCCUAUAGAGGCUGCAGAGAGGGUCAAGAGUGACGGUUCGGUGUCUGUCAAGUUCUGGUUUGCUACAGGUGGAGCAGGUUUCUGUAUCAGUCGAGGUCUGGCCCUGAAAAUGAGUCCGUGGGCCAGUUUGGGGAAUUUCAUCAGCACAGCAGAGAAGAUCCGACUUCCAGAUGACUGUACCAUCGGCUACAUCAUCGAGGCGCUGUUGGAGGUCGCUUUGACACACACGCACCUUUUCCACUCUCACCUGGAGAACCUGCAGAAGCUGCCCAUUGACACUGUGCUGGAGCAGGUGACUCUGAGUUACGGAGGGUUUGAGAACAGAAGAAAUGUAGUCGGUGUGGUUGGAGGGUUUUCACUGGCUGAGGACCCCACAAGGUUUAAGACGGUCCACUGCCUUCUGUAUCCUGACACUGAGUGGUGUCCAGAGCUCAAACCGCGCCACAGAAACUGAAUUCCAGUGUGAACAUUUAUCCUGCAGAGUCGCUCUGAACUCUCUCUGAUAUUCAUUAAACACACAGUGAAGCCUUAAAAACUGAAGCCAAAGAAGCUGUUUGAAGACCAUCCAGGCCUGCAGAGCAGAGUUUCUCCACUUCUAACACGCUUUUAAGAGUCGACCUUCUCUCAAUUCAACAUAUAUUUGUAGCAUGUUUUUUAUGGUCGAGCGGAAGCUGAAAAGGUGAAGUUCAAGAACAGCGCUCAGGACGACAAUGAGGCGUUCACUUUUGCAUCUACACCGAACAUGAACGUGAUUGGAUGACACAUGAUGAUCUUAGAAAGCCUCUCUGAGACCCUCAGUGACCCUGGUUGAGCUCCGGGUAACCGCGGGGCGAUUAUCUGUGAGUGACUGUGACUGUUGCUAAAGUCACUCUAACAAUGAUGGACAGCUGGUGUACAAAUGCUUCAUGCGUGUGCAGGUUGUGCGUCGUUCAAGCCAACAAAGCCAAAGUUGUUUUUAAAGGGCGACGGUAAAGCCGAGGGGAAAAUCAUGACUGUAAAACGCAGCCUCUCUUCUCCCUGAGCUCGGCGAGUUUAGGUCAACAGCUCUUACAUGACAGAUGUAUGUGGAAACCUCUCUGUUCCUGUUACUUUGGUAAAUCCCUGACUGGAGUUUAAAAGCUUUUUAAAAAGUAUUAAAACAGUUUGAAGGAGGUAGAAGAUUGCUGGUUGGCUGUUUCAGCUGCGGUCUGAAGAAGCAUGAGGUCUAUUAUUGUGACGCCUGUUUUCUAGGGGUGCAACGAUACACAAAAUUCACGGUUCGAUAUUUUUUCAAUACAAAAAAAUGUUCACGCCUUUUUA